CCCGUCCAUCCUAGGUUCUUGUGAAUCGCGGGUGGCUUGGACCUCGCUGCAGACGUUGCUGGUCUGUUCCGCACCAGCGCUCGCCUUCCAUCCCGAAGACCGGCAACUCAAGAAAUGGCUGCCCAGUGUGUCACGAAGGUGGAGCUGAAUGUUUCCUGUAGCAAUUUGAUGGAUACAGAUGUAGGGUCAAAGUCGGACCCUUUAUGUGUAUUAUUUCUGAAUACAAGUGGUCAACAGUGGUAUGAGGUUGAACGCACAGAAAGGAUUAAGAAUUGCUUGAAUCCCAAAUUUUCCAAGACAUUUAUUAUUGAUUACUACUUUGAAGUUGUUCAGAAAUUGAAAUUUGGGGUUUAUGACAUCGACAACAAAACUAUUGAGCUGAGCGAUGAUGACUUCUUAGGAGAAUGUGAAUGUACCCUUGGACAAAUUGUUUCCAGUAAGAAGCUAACUCGACCACUGGUGCUUAAAAAUGGCAAACCUGCAGGGAAAGGGAGCAUUACGAUUUCAGCUGAAGAAAUAAAGGAUAAUAGAGUGGUCUUGUUUGAAAUGGAAGCCAGAAAACUGGAUAAUAAGGAUCUAUUUGGAAAGUCAGACCCCUACCUGGAAUUCCACAAGCAGACAUCUGAUGGAAACUGGCUAAUGGUUCAUCGGACGGAGGUUGUUAAAAACAACUUGAAUCCUGUUUGGAGACCUUUUAAAAUCUCUCUCAACUCUCUGUGCUAUGGAGAUAUGGACAAAACCAUUAAGGUAGAGUGUUAUGAUUAUGACAAUGAUGGGUCCCAUGAUCUCAUUGGAACAUUUCAAACCACCAUGACAAAACUGAAAGACGCCUCCAGAAAUUCACCUAUUGAAUUUGAAUGCAUAAAUGAAAAAAAGAGGCAAAAGAAAAAAAGCUACAAGAAUUCAGGUGUUAUCGUUGUGAAACAGUGUGAGAUUACAGUAGAAUGCACAUUUCUUGACUAUAUCAUGGGAGGAUGUCAGCUGAAUUUUACUGUGGGAGUGGACUUCACUGGCUCCAAUGGUGACCCAAGGUCUCCAGACUCCCUUCAUUACAUCAGCCCCAAUGGUGUUAAUGAGUAUUUGACUGCCAUCUGGUCUGUGGGACUGGUCAUUCAAGAUUAUGAUGCUGAUAAGAUGUUUCCAGCUUUUGGUUUUGGAGCUCAGAUACCUCCUCAGUGGCAGGUAUCACAUGAAUUUCCAAUGAAUUUUAACCCAUCCAAUCCCUAUUGUAACGGAAUCCAAGGCAUUGUAGAUGCCUACCGGGCUUGUCUUCCUCAGCUAAAACUCUAUGGACCAACUAAUUUUUCUCCAAUCAUAAAUCAUGUGGCCAGAUUUGCUGCUGCAGCCACACAACAGCAAACAGCUUCUCAAUAUUUUGUGCUUUUGAUUAUUACGGAUGGUGUGAUCACAGACCUUGAUGAAACCAGACAAGCUAUAGUGAAUGCUGCCAAGCUGCCCAUGUCCAUCAUCAUUGUUGGAGUUGGUGGUGCCGACUUUAGUGCCAUGGAGUUUCUGGAUGGUGAUGGUGGAAGUCUUCGUUCCCCAUCGGGAGAGGUGGCCAUCAGGGACAUUGUUCAGUUUGUGCCUUUCAGACAGUUCCAGAAUGCUCCUAAAGAAGCACUUGCUCAGUGUGUGUUGGCGGAAGUUCCCCAGCAGGUGGUGGGCUACUUCAACACCUACAAACUCCUUCCUCCCAAGAACCCAGCUACGAAAUAAGAGGAGCUGUGACCACUUCAGUAGAAUUCUUUUGUGCUGUGUGGAGCAAUGCCACCUUUUACCCAGAAUCGUGUAUCUGUCAUUUUAUGUACUCUUCACUUCCAGCAUUUAUGAUGUAGAUGUAGUUUUCUAUGGAUUAUAUCUGUUUAAAGCAUUCUUUUGUACUUUUUUGGGGUGACAGUGCCAAGUCCAUCUUUGCUCAAUCAAUUCAGUGAUUACUAGUGAUUUACAGUAAUUACAGUGAGGCUGUUUGGAUUAGAAACUAGUAUGGAAAAAGCUGAGUUUGCCAUUGUUGUUUUUUACUUUCAUAUGAUGAAAAUGAUGUUUUUAAAUGUUUGUCAUUAGAAUGAAAAAUUGUUGGGAUGAUGUGAUUUGUAGGUUGCUAUAUUUGGUUCAUAGUGUAUGUUAAAGCCAAUGUCCAUACCUGAUUAUGAGAGCUUCUUAAAUUAGAUGAGAUUGAAUUUGUUACUGGAACUCUGUGUUUAGUGCUUUUCCAUCAGGUAAAACCUCUUUUUAAUUGCAUCUGAUUUUUGCUGCAGUUUACAAAACAGCAUGCACUCACAUGGGACUUCAUGAAAAGUACUAAAUGAGCAGGAAAAACACAUAUUCAAUUUUUUAACUGUACAAUCAAGUGAAAAAAAAAAAACCUCAUGUAAGUAAGCCAUUUUUAUUUGCCUUUCUAGAUAUUUUAUUUUCAUUGUGGAAAACUGUAAACAUGGUCAGAUUUGGCCUUUGUUUUCAUUGGCUGAAUGUGACACUCAGGAUUCUAUAGAUGCAUAGAUGAUAGGUUGUUCCAGAUUCUACCUUAUUAGAUUAUUUUAAUUGAGAUUCGUUAAAAUGGUUAGGACUGCUUUAUCCUGGAAAGCUAUGAGGACCAGACAUAUAAGGUGAAAUUCAGAAUUCCAUUUCUUUCUAACUAAUGAAAGAUUUUACUUAUUAAAAAAAAGUUUUUAUGCUUUUCUUGCUAAGGUCCCAUACAUUAAUUUGUACAGAUUCAUUUAUAUGUUUUCUCCUUUUUUUAAGUGGCAUUUUGGUCUGAUUUUUAAUCUCAUGAUACUGGUUAUCUGUUAAUCAAAAUCACAUUUUACGUUUUAGUAAUGUGCUAUUUCUUAAGUACAGAAUAUAUCGUAUUAAGCAUAAAACCUGUUGUAAUUUAAAAAGAGAAAAAAAAUAAAAGCAAACAAAACCCUUUCUAAAUGCUGCAUUAAGAUAGAGUGUACUUUACAUGCCUUUUUUUUUAGAGUAGAAUUUUUUUUCCUGUUACCCUUUACAGCAUAUUACUUAGUAAACAUUACACUUCCGGAAUAGAUUUAGUAACAUUUUAUUGAGGACCUGUGUGCUAAGUACUAUGCAUAUCCGUGUAUUGGCCAAUUAUCUUCAGUAAUUUAGCAUUUAAAAUUGUGUAUUUAUAACAUAUCCUUAAGUAGAUGCACGCAGUGCCAUGUUGACAUGCCUCUCACUUGUAUUGAAAACCUGUCCCACAGCCCGUGUCUCUUGUUCUCUGCAAUGUCUGAAGGAAGUCAGCUGUCAGCUACUAACAGCUUUGAUUUCUCAGAAACAUUCUCAUUGCCAAGGUCAGGCUGAGAGGGGACCUGCCUGCUGUCGUGGUUGUUUAGCCCAGGUGAGCAGUUACCUACCACCUUCCUGCUUGGCUAGCUGGCCUCUGGAUUUGUGCUGUUACCUGGAAGGUUCCUAACCAGUAGUCUGCUACUCUAUAGUAUGGCUCAUUAGUCAGUUUUGACAUUACCAAGAAGGAAGAAGAAAACUGAUUAUUUUUCCAAUUAUUUGGAGCCACAGUUUUCUCAGAUGUCCUAAUUCAGUUCUUUGUGUGCUUGGAAACAGCAUAGCAAUGUGCUGGUUUUCAGAAUUUUCCCUUUUAAUCACAGGAAGCUUUUUAAAAAACGACUUACACAUAUUCUCCAUAUAUGGUAAAACAGAAAUGGAGCUUCUCUGUUUAAUGCUGGGGCAGGGUCCAGAGCCCCACCCACUGGGCCUACUCCUCAUUCCCAUUCACCAGCUCCUCAGCAGCACCUAAGCCACCUGGACAGGCUACAGGGAACUGCUGGUCACAAGCACUCAUUGUUUGGGCAAAUAAUAGUCAUCACUGUCAGUUUGAGUUGGUCUUCAUAAUUUUAUAUUCUGAUUUUACCAGAGUUGUUCCCUGUAAAAAAAUUUUUUUAAAAUUAUUAAUUCUUGAUCGGGAUCAUCAAUAGGUGCUGUUAGUCAUAAGAACUGUGAUUGCAGCAAAUUAGGGUAAUUGGUACCUUUUUGUAGUUUUGAAUAAAAGCAUGUAUAAUUUCUAAAUUAUCAGUUUGUAAAAUUCUUGUAAUUUUAACACUCAACAUCAUCACAUACUGAUUUAAUAUUGUUUUAUAUUAAAAUAGUCCUUUUCCCUAUUGUGCCACUAUUUAUUCAAGUGCCAUUUGUUCUUAAAAUGCAUUUAAAGAAAAAUUAACCAAAUUGACUUUCAUACUUCAUGUAAUCAGAUAUAAUACAAACGUAUAAUGCAAUGACAGUGCCCUGGAUAUAUGUAAUAUUUCUCACAUGUGCCUGUACUGAGAAAAUAUUAUAACAACUGUCCUAGUCACCUUACCUUAUAGUUAGAGUUGAAAUUAUAAGACCAUAAAAAUUUAAAGUCUGAUCAGGGAUUUUUUACAACUGUUCACUUUGGUCAUGCCUCAGGCAGCCUUUCCAAAGUAAAUUCAGGGCUCCAACUUAUGUUAUCUUUUGACAUAGUUUGCCUUUUUCAUUUCGUAAAUUUCCUGGAAAGAAAAUUUCUACUCUUCUACUCUCUCUAUAUGUGUGGUUGAUAGUCAUGGAAGUGACACAUAAGGAAAGCUAGAAAUCUGGUGGAAACUGUGAGAGACUAUUUUGUGCUUUUAUGGUGGUUAUACUUGAUAAUAUCUGUAUAAGUUACUAAUAUAUGAAUUGGUGUUGAAUAUAUCUUCCAUUUGAAUUCCCUUUGGAUAAAGUUAUUUCUUGAUGUAA